AUGGACUUGUUGAAGAGCUGCGACCUCCAGUUUGAGGAAUUCCAUGGCAGUGGAAGACCAGCGUAUGCAAUCUUAUCCCACCGCUGGCGUGAGGUCGAGCUCUCGUACCAGGAUAUGCGUCGCAUUAUCGAACACGGCAAUGUUCCACAGGAGCCCAGGACAUCAAGCUACCAUAAGAUCAUGAAUUUUCGUGCUCAGGCGCGGAGAAGUCGCUAUGAAUACAUAUGGGUCGACACCUGUUGCAUUGACAAGGCCAGCAGUGCCGAGUAUCAAGAGGCCAUCAACUCUAUGGGGCAAUGGUACGCAGAAUCGGCAAUUUGCUACGCCUAUCUCGACGACGUCGACCUUUCCAAACUUCCCGAUGCUCCUUCUCGCAAAUUCCGGCACAAACUCUACAAAAGCUUUCAGCGUUCUGAGUGGUUCACGCGAGGCUGGACGCUCCAAGAGCUUCUGGCUCCAAAGAGUCUCAUAUUUUUCGAUCGAAACUGGAAUAGAAUUGGCGAUUCUCUUGAUCUUCGGCCCUCAAUCCUGAGAAUCACAGGCAUCGAUUUACAGCACAUCAGAGAAAUAGGUAGACGAAUGUCUUGGGCGUCAAGCAGAGACACCAAAAGAGUGGAAGACCGUGCAUAUUCCCUACUCGGAAUUUUCAACGUCAACAUGGCCAUGCUUUAUGGCGAGCGGGAGCGCGCAUUCGCACGUCUCCAAGAGGAGAUCCUCAAGCACAACGAGGAUGCGUCAAUACUGCCCAAGGCCAAGAGCAUGCUUUAG